CUUUGACACACAAGUGAAAUGUUGUUAAUUUUUAUACCCUCAGUCUCUAUAAAUAGUACGGUUACUUCCUUGUGUUCAAGCAUAUCAGCAUGCUCCCACAAAAUCUAACCCUGAUCUCCUUGUUCAUUUUACUGUGUCGACAAGGUGUUGACACAAAAAGGUACUUCACAUGUGAAGGUGGCUCUGUUCCACUCAGCUGUGAUUGGGGAUACAUAAAGGUGGUUACAGCCAAUUAUGGGCGAACCGACCACACAACGUGCUCCACUGGAAGAUCACUUCAUCAGCUCUCGAACGUCGACUGCUUCCACAAGACAUCCCUCCAUGUGAUGUCCAAACGAUGUGAUGGAAGAAAGAGCUGUUCUGUUCCCGCAGUGAACUCGGUUUUCUCUGACCCUUGUAUUGGGACUCAUAAAUACCUGGAUGUGUCUUAUUUGUGUCUCCCUUUUAGAAAAAGUGUCACGUGUGAAGGAAGCCGAAGUCUCAUAGACUGUAGUAAUGGUGAGAUUUGGAUUCAUCAUGCCAAUUACGGACGGCGGGAUCUUGUAACCUGUCCUCAUAAAUUAGCAACAACACCAGACUGUUACUCUCCUCAGACCGGCCGCCUGCGUUCCAGCUGCAAUGGAAAGAGGUCUUGUCAAUUAAAUGCGUCAAAUGCUUCCUUCCUCUCCGAUUCGUGUCCGGAUGUCCAUAAAUACUUAGAAGUGUUGUACAGCUGUAUAUAAUAUUGUGAGUAUCCUGCCAAAUAAAUGAAUUUUAUAUGAACUUUAAAUAAAAAACACCACUUUAUUA